AUGAGUAUCGUAAAUGUUGAACGACCACUGUCUUGGGUGUGGCGUGAUGAUGAAACGGUCAAUUGUCGUUGCCUAUGGAAUGGUUGCAGUACUAUAUUUUGUUCGUUAGAAGAGUUGAUCCCUCAUUUCGAUCAGCAUAUCAUUGUGUUAUCAGCAAGUCUUUAUUCCCUGUCAUCAUCACCAUCGUUUAUUUGCCCGAUUCUUGAAUGUGAACUGAUCCUGCAAUCUAUGGUUGAUCUGAAACGUCACCUCAACAUGCAUAAAUUUCAUGCACAUCGACAGUUUGUCGGUUUGAAAACUAUUAUGCAGCGACCCGAUUGGUCACAUUUAACGUCUUGCGGAUUCGCGCCAUCCACUCCAACACGUAUUGUUUAUGAGGGUGUUCCGAUGCGAUGUGAAUGGGGAUGGUUGUUGAUGUCAUGUUUUAUGAGAUUGCAGAUGUUAUUUGAAGACAUAUUGCAAUAUGCCGAGCAUGUGAAGCUUCAUGUAGAUUUGCUUGGCACCGAAGAUCGUGACCAACGUAAUUUAUUGAGAUGCCAUUGGAGAGAAUGCACGGUUGGCUUUAAAAAUAAAGCGAAUCUGCGUGUUCACGUUCGUCAUCAUUCGGGCGACAAGGCGACCGCAUGUCCGUUUUGUGGCGCAUUUUUUGCGAGCAAUUCGAAACUUUUUCAUCAUCUUUUGCGAAAAUCAUAUCCCAAUGGAUCAUCAGAGUCGAUCAUUGUUUCAAGUGCACUGUCGUGCUCCGAAACACAAGUGAUGCCGUCGACUGCUGAAGAACAUGGUGCCGGGCGAAUAGCGCCGACAAAUGGCUUGGUGUGUAUAUUGUGUCAGAAGCGAUACGAGUGCGAUCGUUUGCUACGAGAGCACUGCCGUCGACACAUAAUGAAGCAUAAGUGCGAUUUCUGUUCGGUGGUCGUCGACAGUCCGUCUGCGCUCCAUCGACACAUCUUUUCGGUUCAUGCCAAGCAGCGCAAUUAUCAGUGUUUGCACUGUCCCAAAAGAUUUGCACAAAAAGGUGAUCUACAACGUCAUCAAGCGAUUCACAGUGACCGAUUGGAAUUCGCUUGUGAAAUAUGUGACGAAAAAUUUCGCUGGCGUAAGCAACUCGUAAUACAUGCACGUAAGCAUGAUAAGGAUUACAAGCAACAUACACAUUUAUGUCAUUUAUGUAAUGCAAAGUAUGCGAACGGUUAUGGUUUGAGCCGACAUCUAGUGAAGAAACACAAUUGUCCGAUACCGGAUGGCUUUACGCGGUUUCAGUAUAAAAAGUGUGCUGAUGGAUUUGCACGCUUGCAAACGAAGCGUUGUCUGAGUAAGGCUCUAGCAACCAAACUCGGCCUUCCGCAUGAAGAUACCGCCUAUGUGACCGUUGUUUAA